AUGGGGCCCAGUACAUCCAAGAAAGGUCCGGAUGGAGUGGGCAUCCCACCCUCGACACUCAUCAAGACACUUGAGGUGAUUGUCCAGGAUCUUGGCAUUGAAGCAGAGAAGCUUUCAAUGGAGCAGCUUAUGGCUGCUCCCGCGAAGAAGCCAAACGAUGUUUCUGAUGGAAAAAAAGAAAGAAGCAAACCACACCCCGCGGCCAGGACCCUCAAGAUCUGCCGGCGGCGGCGGGCAGCGACGGCGGCGCUGGCGCUGGGGGCCGGCGCGGGCGCCCACGCGGUCGCCACCUCCGAGGACCCGGCCAGGACCCUCAAGAUCUGCCGGCACCUGCCCCCGCGCCUCCUCCGCGACUCGGUCGCCGCCGCCACCAUCGCCUUCGACUACCACUACUCCCUCUGGGGCCUCCAGCCAGACUCCCCCGCCUGGCUCAGCGCCAAGCGCGACGCCCACCUCCGCGCCGCCAACCGCCUCCAGGACCUCUGCUUCCUCAACGGCGACAUCUACAUCAAGCUUGGCCAGCACAUCGUGCAGCUCGAGUACGUGCAGACGAUGAGGGAGUCGAUGCUCAAGAGGUGCCCGGUCUCCUCAUACGAGGACGUCCAAGGGGUCUUCAAGAAGGAGAUUGGAGAGUUGCCAAAAACCAUUGGACCGGAUUUUGGCAAAAAAAACAACCGCUACAGUGAAAAAGAUGAUGCAGUAGUGGUGCGCCAGAUGCUCAAAGUGGCUGCUGAGUGUCAUCUGUGUGGGUUAGUCCACCGAGAUAUGAAGCCUGAGAACUUCCUUUUCAAAUCAACCAAGGAGGACUCGCGUGUGAAGGCAACAAAUUUUUGUUUGUCAGACUUCAUAAAACCAGGGAAGAAGUUCCGUGAUAUAGUUGGCAGUGCCUAUUAUGUUGCACCGGAAGUAUUAAAACAACGGUCUGGACCUGAGUCGGAUGUUUGGAGCAUAGGAGUUAUUAAUUACAUUUUGCUCUGUGGGAGGCACCCCUUUUGGGAUAAAACAGAGGACGGUAUAUUCAAGGAGGUUCUACGAAACAAGCCUGAUUUUCGUAAGAGACCUUGGCCAAGCACCACUUCAAGUGCUAAAGAUUUUGUUAAAAAAUUACUGGUGAAGAACCCAAGGGCGAGAUUGACAGUAGCUCAAGCUCUUUCACAUCCAUGGGUGAGAGAAGGAGGAGAUGCAUCUGAGAUCCCUGUUGAUAUAUCUGUACUGUACAACAUGCGCCAAUUUGUCAAGUACAGCCGUUUUAAGCAAUUUGCGCUGCGGGCUUUAACAAGUACAGUCAAUGAGGAAGAGCUAGUGGAUCUGAAGGACCAAUUUGAUGCAAUUGACGUUGAUAAAAGUGGAUCAAUUAGCAUUGAAGAAAUGCGGCAUGCCCUUGCGAAGGAUCUUCCUUGGAGAUUGAAGGGCCCUCGUGUUCUCGAGAUUAUUCAAGCGGUAAGCUUUGGGAAAUCGACAACAGAUGGCCUUGUCGACUUCAAAGAGUUUGUUGUGGCAACUCUCCACAUACAUCAGAUGGCUGAGCUGGACUCUGAAAGGUGGGGCCUGCGCUGCCAAGCUGCUUUCAGCAAAUUUGAUCUGGAUGGUGAUGGAUACAUCACCCCUGAUGGAUGCUAUGGAACUAUAUGUUUCAACUCGAAAUGGAGAAACUGGAUCCAUGAGUUCCUCACUUCUAGGUCAUCAUCAAUUAUCCUCAAUGGAGUUCGUGGGAAGCAGUUUCAGUGCAAAACUGAUGUUAAACAAGGAGAUUCCAUCUCCCCAUUGCUCUUUAUUUUAGCAGCUGAUCUUUUACACUGA